GCUGGUUUUAGGACCUGGAGUUUGACAAAUCAGUGGACUGGGUGUGGAGAACUGCUCUAUUCAUCAAGAACUGAUCGCCUUUUGCAAACAGCUGCUUUUAUCUGUUUACCUGAGCUGCGCGUCUUUCUUCUUCUCUGUACCUUUUCGCUGGACCCAUUCAGCGUCUUUGUUCUGUCUCAAGAUGUUUUUGGCCCAAAGAUUACUUAAAGGGCUCGUAGAUGCUGUCAGCAACGUCGACCAGUUUGUUCCUUCUGACCCUCCUCCUCCCAGAAGACCGCUCGCAUAUGCAAACCAGAAUGAAACUGAUGAGGAGAGGCAGUUUCGCAAAGUAUUUCAACAACUUGCAGGGGAAGACAUGGAGGUGAGCCCUAAUGAACUGAUGAACAUCCUUAACAAGAUUAUUUCCAAACAUGGCAAUCUGAAGACGGAUGGUUUCUCUAUUGAGUCCUGCAGAAGCAUGGUUGCAGUAAUGGACUCUGACAGUACUGGAAAACUUGGAUUUGAGGAAUUCAAGUAUCUUUGGAAUAAUAUCAAGAGGUGGCAGGGCAAUUACAAGACGUUCGAUGCCGAUCAAUCUGGUAUGAUUGGGUCCGCUGAGCUACCUGGAGCUUUCAAUGCAGCAGGGUUCCCGCUUAAUGACCAGCUUUUCCAAUUGAUCGUUCGGCGAUAUAGUGAUGAACAGGGCAACAUGGAUUUUGAUAAUUUCAUUGGGUGUCUUGUGCGCCUGGAUGCUAUGUGUCGUGCCUUCAAGACACUUGAUAAAGACAACAAUGGCACCAUUAAAGUCGACAUUCAAGAGUGGUUGCAGCUGACUAUGUACUCCUGAAUGAAGACGAAUAUACUGCACAAUGGUUAUAUUAAUUUGUCAGUUCUUCUUUGUGGCCUGUCUUUGUGUUUUAUUAACUGACAUAAUUAUUAGUUUAAUUGUUAGCAUGACAGCAUGAUCAUAUACUGUGCCUCUACACUAGAUGGCAGCUUUGUUGCGACGCUAGAUAGUGUUUGCAUUGUGGUCUCUAAAGGUCAAGUUUUUGCCACAUUUCCAUAGUUUAUUCCAUGCCAAUUGUGUCCUUUACAUUAAUCCAUGACUGGCUUUAUAGUUUUACAAAGUGCAUUCAACCAAAGAUUAAAAACAAUGUUCUUAUGUUUUAGAUAAUAGCUUUUAACAACAUUCCAGAGCCAUAUUAUUUAAUCACUGAGGAUGUGAAUCAGCUGUCAUUUUUGCAGACUUAUUAAAACUGAUGUACAAAUAAACGUUAUUUGUUCUGAAAACAAAAGCAAA